AUGAAGCGCAACGCGUUCUUCGCGGAGCUCGCGCCGUCGAAGCGCCUGCGCGCCGCGGGGGGGUUCGAGGCGCUGCCCGACGGGGUGCUGGGGACGGUCGUGGACUUCCUCGUGCCGGUCGCCGAGCGCGACGACCAGUUCUGCCAGCGCCGCCGCAUGGCCGAGCGCAUGUUCGAGGCGCUCGCGUACAACCACGAAUUCAUGCCGCUGGCGCGGGACGCGCUCGCGCUGUUGGGGUCCUGCCGGCUGCUCCGCUACGGUCCCCUGUUUGCGCGCACGGUGGUGUUCCACCACAUGCUCCACCAAAAGCUCGCCGAAAACUGCCGCUUGCCGCAGCACGAGCUCCGGGCCCUGCAGAUCACCGUGGAGAGGAUGUCUCCCGCCCAGGCGCGUCGCCACGCCCUGGAGCAGGCGCUGCUGCGCCUCGCCGUCCGGUGCACGACGGCCCGCUACCGCUGCAACCGCCACCUGGCGCGCGGCGCCGGCCUUGACCGGCUCACCGGCCGACCCCUCCGGAGCAAGCUGGAGGACGUCGAGGACGAAGGCAAGAUCAAGCAGCUGCUGGUCUAG